AAGUGUGUUUUCACAGAAAAGUUUGUGCGUUCGGCCUGAAAAACCCUGUUUCAGUCAUGUAGCCCAACCUUCUUCUGUCAAUAAUCUUAGGAGGAUGGCCUGGGCUAUUAGGAGCAGUGUAAAUGGCAGUCCAUUGGAUCAAUCUUCCCAAACAAUGGCAAGACAAGAUUAAUUAGAACCAUCCAAGAAAUUCAAAGUAAAGUAGGUUCAAGAAUUCAGGAGCUAAGGAAAAAUCUUCCAAUGAAGUUGCUGUUUUUCUUGGUAGGAUUUUAUUGUGCCACUGCAUUGGCUACUGUCAUUGGGCAGACUGGUGACUGGGACAUUCUAUCUGCUGCCUUGGCUGUGGUCAUUGUGGAGGGGAUAGGGGCCCUCAUGUAUAAGGAUUCUCUUCGUGUAGUCAGCAAGGUUAGGAAUCUGAUUACUAUGUUUAAUUAUUGGAAGGCUGGGCUUACUCUUGGGCUCUUCUUGGAUUCAUUCAAGUAUGAAAUGGAUAACUUUGUGGGAUUAAGUAACCUCUUCGAUUUUGAAAUAGAUAUCUUCCCAACAUUCUUUUAGCAUGCAACUCCUUUCUACAUCCUCUACUAUUUUAUUUCCCAUCCGAUGUCAUGAAGUGAUUAGCAUGAUUUGGCGUGGAUCCAAGCUCUUCAUGGUAAAUGAUGGCCUUGUCUACAGUGAAGUGGUGAAGCAAAGAUAAAAACUACUCCUGUGAUACACAGGUAUUUGGCACUGGAGGGUUAGUGUUUGUUUUUAUGAUGAAUUUCCCCUCCCUGUAAAGAUGGAACAAUUCUGCUCAGCAAGCAUCAGAAUUUCCAUUCCUGAAAUUCUGAUAGUAUAGGGGGGCACCAACAUCAUUUUGAGUCUGGUUGGAGAGAUGAUUCGUACUUCAACUUCUGAAUUAUUCGUGCUUCAACUUCUGAAGGUAAGUUCUAUUUGUUUAGUACCCUGUUGGAGUAGUGAAUUUAUUUAUUUAUUUGUUAUUAUUGUUAUUAUUUUUUAAGAAUCAAACUCAUAUUUGACUGUUUUAUUAUCAUAAAUGGUAUGUCCCAUAGGUGGAAGGUUAAUGGAGAGACAAAUUUCUUUUCUCUUUGUUGCUAAUUGUGAGCUUCAAAUCCUGUACAGGAAAUCAGAAACGGAUUUUCUUCUUUUUGGAUAUGCAAAUAGGAUCCUGCUGCUAAUGGCCAUAACUUUCAGUUAUCCAGGAUUCCGAGAAACAAUAAAAUGAUCUCAUUUUC